AUGGCAGAGGAAGAGGUGAGCUAUGUUUCAGUGGUCGUCAAAACUAAGAAGAAGCCCCAAUCACAAGGUAAAAAUGAGGAAGAGACUGUAUAUGACGAAGUAAAGGUGAAUAAAGAGGCUGAAGCAGUUGGCGAUGCUGAAGUGGAGAACCAGAAUGAAAGUGUUCAGCAAACUCUUGACACAAAGGGAUUUCUGCCAGACAAAGCGGCAGAAAGAUUUCGUCGCUAUCAGCAGCUGUGUUGCUGCUUUGGGACUCUGUGUGUCAUUUUGGUGCUGAGUGUCAUUGGAAUCUGUGUUUAUUUUACAACAGUUUAUGAGAGCACUCCAAAUGAGCUGAUCCAGCUGAUAUCAACCCAAAAGGAAAAAAUCCAAAACCUGACUGACCUCAACAACAAUCUCAGUUCAGUCAAUGCCAACCUGACUUCGGUUUCCAUGGUCUUACAAAACAACAUCACCACACUGACAGCAGAGAACCACAACCUGACGUCACUUAAUGAGGAGCUGAAGGAACAAAGUAAAAACCUCACAGAAAUAAUAAAAAACAAUGAGGAAAACCGGAAUGAGCUCAAUGUCAGUCGAGCUCAGUGGAGCAUUGAUGAAUACUGUCCUAAAACAAAUAAUGGGAGAAGUUGCACUUCUUGCCAGAAUGGCUGGAAUUACAACCUUUCCAGCUGUUAUGCAUAUGUUGACCCCCCUAAUCAGAAAACCUGGGAAGGUGCACUAGAAGAGUGCAGAAGCAAAAAAUCAGAUCUCACGGUUGUGUAUGAUCAGGCUGAAAAGGAUUAUGUUAAUACAAUCAGUCAUGAUUCAAGUGGCAUUAAUGGAUACUGGAUUGGUCUCAAAGCUGUAGAGGGGAAAUGGAAAUGGACCGAUGGAAGUGAUCUGACCAAUCAAAUCUGGAUACAGCAGCAAAUAGCCACUGAUGGCUACUGUGUAACUUCUCUUAAAGGCCGAGGUUGGAAUACAGUGAGAUGUAGUGACAAGAACGCAUGGAUCUGUGAGAAGAAGGCAUUAUCUGUUUAAAACAUCAAGGAUUCAGAUUGAGAGAAGUUAUCUGGAAAGCCCUACAUUCAAAUAAGUUAAAAGUGUAAAAAGUUUGUAAUUGAAAGCUCUGGUGUUUUUGCAACAAAAUCAAAACUUAAGAUUUAAAGUUAGAUUUUUUUCUGCUUCUCAUAUUUAUUAUUUACAUAUGUAGAAAUUUAAAAUCAUAGCCUAACCAGAAGGUUUAAGUGGAACACAUUAAUUGUAAUUAUGGAAAAGUUUGGAGUUUGAGUUGUUUCACGUUCAGCUUUUACAGAUUAUUAACAGAUGCAUGACAAAAAUAUAACAGACAGCAUGACUCAGUUUUAUGUUUCCUUAAAUUUUCAUUAAUUAUAGUUUUUCAAGGGAUUUUAUGUUACUCUAAGGGCAGCCUAUUUUGUGAUUAACUUUCU